UGGCUAUUUUAAGAAAAGCACGUGUUAGAUAGCCCCACUGCAUCUGCGCAGUAAUGAUAAACAAACAUGGCCGCCUACAAGGCCAGAUUAAAAGCCUUUGAAGAUACGCUGAAUAAUGAAAGAAUAGACCUAAAAACUUUGAGGAAGUUAUGUUUCAACGGUUGUCCAUUUGAACAUGGAUACAGAUCUACAUGUUGGAAAAUUUUGUUGAACUACCUGCCAUUAGAUGUGUCACAAUGGAAAGAAAUUUUAGAAAAGCAAAGGAACUUAUAUACCCACUUUGUACACGAGAUGAUCGUGGAGCCUGGGACGAAGGCCUCUGCUGGGUCUCAGGCAGACGAUCACCCAUUGAACCCCAAUCCAGACAGCAACUGGGGGGCCUUCUUCAAAGACAAUGACAUGCUGCUACAGAUUGAUAAGGACUGUCGGCGACUGUGUCCAGACCUAUUCUUCUUCCAGAAGGCCACGGAGUACCCGUGUAAGGAGAUCAUUCACGCCGACUCGCGGGUGGAGACCCUCAGGAAGAGGGUGGAGCACUGCGUCCUUCACUCAGAGACACUCAAGGUGGAUAGGUUCGGCAAGUCCAAUAUGAUAGCGUCCAGGAGGAAGACUAGUGAAGAGUACUCCUUGUUACCAGACGGUCAGGAGGCGCACUGGGAGGUAGUGGAGCGGAUCCUGUUUAUCUACGCCAAACUCAACCCGGGCCAGGGAUACGUCCAGGGAAUGAAUGAAAUAUUGGGGCCUAUUUAUUAUACUUUCGCAUCCGAUCCGAGAAACGAAUGGAAAGAGUUUGCUGAGGCGGAUUCUUUUUUCUGCUUCACCAACUUAAUGGCAGAAAUACGAGACAUUUUUAUCAAGACGCUGGAUCUUGACGCAGUGUGUGGUAUAGGGAGUAUGAUGGCCAGCUUUACCUCUAAGCUGAAGGAGAAGGACGAGUUCCUGUACAACAGGAUCAAAGAGCUGGACCUGAAGCCCCAGUACUAUGCAUUCCGAUGGCUCACCCUACUUCUGUCUCAGGAAUUCCCUCUACCAGAUGUUUUGCGCAUUUGGGAUUCGUUGUUUGCAGACGAUAAAAGAUUUGAUUUUCUGAUUUGUAUAUGCUGUGCCAUGCUGAUGAUUCUCAGAGACGAAAUUAUUAACGAAGAUUUUCCGACUGUGAUGAAGUUAGUGCAGAACUUCCAAACCUCCAAAGUAGACCUCCAGCGGGUUCUCUCCAAAGCGGUUGAUAUAAGAUAGCAUUCCCCCGAACUCCGAAAUUAGACUUUCAUGUGCAAUACAAUCCCUUUGAUAUUUGGACUAAAGAUUAAAAUGAUACAAAACAAAGACAUCAGGUGCAUGUGUGUGUUUUGUCCAUGGGCCUUGGUUGUAAAAAUGUCACUGACUUAAUGUUAAAUUGUCGAUUCUGAACAACACACCAGUACGCUAUAAUUGUGUAUUUUUGAUACCUUUCUGAUGGUGCCAGAUUGUGUCUUUUAUGAUUUGUUGUUUAUAAACUUACAAUAAAACAAUAUAUAUAUUUCUACAA